UCAUUGCCUAUCACAUUUAAAAUAUAAAAAUCAAAGCAGCUGCAACAUACUUUUGAAGCUUUCAAUGACAGUAUCCUUAAAAUCUUCCUGUUUCAGCCACUCCAAAACAAAGUCCACGUUUUUGUCUGUAAAUUGGUCCAUAAGUACAGCAAGAUGAACAAAAAGAGAUGAAAGAACAACUUGAACAAGUCUAGUAACUGGGGACAAUGGCAGCAUAGAUCUCUCGCAAGCAGCUGUAUCGUGUUAAUUGGAAUUUGGAAAAAGGCGCAUGCGCACAAAAUGACUUGGGAGGGGCAAAUUGUUAUCACCUUGGUUACAACCGUUACUUGUUAUUAAUAAAAUGGCGGCUGCUCUUCAACUACCUCGGCGUCAACUACAUAGCUGUUGGCUUUGUGAUUCCUUUGUUUCCUCGUCUUUUUCAGACAUAGUUCGACAUAUAGGAUCAAUUCAUUCACACUAUCCAAAUUUCAGGGUUUCUUGUGGUAUUUGUGGCUGUGUGGCUCAAUUUCAUAAUUUCGUAACAUAUAAAUCUCACUUGUACAAGAAUCAUCUUGCUGUCUUGAAAGGCCAGUCUGAACCACAUUUAUCUUUCUUCAAUUCGUUACCAUCACAAGUCAAUGAAGACCAUUGGGAGGCUCGGCAUGAUGAUAAUACUGAACAGAUAUUUGAAAUUCAAUGCAGCAUUAAUGAAGAUUCUGAUGAUGAUGAAAUAGAGGAGCAUAUUUUCAAUUCCCAGCCAUUAGAAGAUGAUGACGAUGAAGCUACUAAGAAGUCAAAAGCUUUGUUUAUUUUAAAGACAUCAGAAGUGAGGAAAUUGACUCUUACUGCUGUUAAUAACAUUUUGGGAGAUGUACAACAACUUAUUGAAGUAGCACUUACUGAUGCACAGAAGAAAACCCAAAGGUCUCUCAUGUCUUGUGGGAUUGAUGUUUCUAUAGUACCUGAUUUUGAAGCUAAUUUUACUUCUGCAAUGAAGCCAUUUGACGGAAUCGAUACGGAGUACUUACAGAUGAAAUACUUCAAGGAAACUUUAGGUCUUAUUGAGCCACGUGAAAUAAUUUUAGGUUCUAGUGUGUUUUUUAACUCAUCUGGAUUAAAGCGUAAUUUUGAUAAAUUUUAUUAUGUCCCCUUUAAGGCUACUAUACAGAGCUUGAUGAAUUCUGCUUUUCUACUAGAUCAAAUUUCUUCUCCUCAUUCAUCGAAUGAUUAUAUUAUGGAAGAUUACUGUGACGGGGACCAAUUUCAUACUCACCCACUAUUUUCUUGUGAUCCAUAUUCAUUGCAAGUCAUUUUGUAUUACGAUGACAUGGAAGUUGUCAAUCCUUUAGGGUCCAACACUAAAACACACAAACUUGGAAUGUUUUAUUUUACUCUUGGUAAUAUUCAUCCUUACUACCGGUCCACUGUUCGGCAUAUAUAUCUACUAAGCAUUGCUUAUACUUUAGACAUUGAAAAGUAUGGAAUUGAUGAAAUAUUGAAACCUUUUAUGAAUGAGAUAAAGGAAUUUGAAGAGGACUGUGGUUGUGAAAUUUCUGUUAAUGGUUUUUCGCAAUACCUACGAGGCAGUCUUUCUGUUUGUUGUGCAGACAAUUUGGCAAGCCAAUUAUUAGGUGGGUUUAAAGCUCUUAAUGCAGCAUUAAGAAAAUGUCGCUGGUGUAUGGGCACACAAUCAUUAAUUCAAACUGAGUUUCGUGAGCAGUACUUCCUGCGCAGAGAUCGGAACUCAUAUAAAAAGCAUUGUCAAUACCUUGAUGGUCCUUUACAUGAUCACUUAUCCACCACUUACGGAAUUUCUCGGAAUUCUAUUUUAAAUAGUUCCAAGUAUUUUCACUGUGCAGAUGGUCUUCCUCCUGAUUGUAUGCACGAUGUAUUAGAGGGAGUUUUACCUUACACUGUGAAAUUAUUAUUGCUUACUUUUAUUCAACACAAGCACUACUUUACUCUCGAAGAGUUUAAUGAUAGAAUUUGUUACUUUCCAUUUGGUGCUUGUGAAUCUGAGAAGCCAGCAACAAUUUCAAGUACAUCAUUGAUGUCUAGUGACAAGUCAUUGAGGCAAUCAGCAACUGAAAUGUGGUGUCUUGGGCGCUAUCUUCCCUUGUUGAUUGGUGAUUUAGUGUCAGAAGAUGAUGAGCACUGGUCUAACAUGCUUACUUUGUGUGAAAUUGUUGAUAACAUAUUUGGUCCAAAGUGCAGCAGCAAAAGUUUAGAUCAUUUAGACCAUCUUAUCCGGCUGUUUUUGACACAAUUUAAGACUCUGUAUCCAGAUCAAAGCAUAAUUCCUAAGAUGCAUUAUCUUAUUCAUUACCCCAGUUGUAUGAGAAGGUUUGGCCCAUUAAGCAGGCAUUGGUGUAUGCGUUUUGAGGCAAAGAAUAAUUAUUUUAAGGAGAUGGCUCAUGUUAUUGGCAACUACAAGAAUAUAGCUAAAACCCUAUCUUUGAGACACCAACUUAUCCAUGGGUGA